GUUCGAUUGAUUGAAUCAUUCGAUUCGAUUCGUCUCCACGCGCAACUCAAGAAUGUCAUGCAUGAAUGCAAAAGCCGUGAUCUGCAGCUCGGAGCCUCCGUGGCCGCGUGGCCACAAAAACAAGAAGGGCCAUCACAACCCAUCAACAUAGCGGUAUCGACCUCCUCUACCCUUAGAUCGACCGACAGAUUGAUUCUGCCACCAAGAAGGAGGUACCCUUGUUGAACGACGGUAGCUAGGAGCUACAAAUCCAACUAAAAGGGCCGGCACAAGUUGCUUCAGGAGGGUGUAAGAAUCAUGACCAAAGAUGGUACAGCAGCAGUGUCUGCCUAUGCUCCCCUGCGACGGAAUUCAUUCCUGGAGCACCCCCCUCGGACAUCGGCUCAACGAUUAUCCACAUUGACGUUGGGCCUGACAUUGGUGGUGAUUCGCUUUUGGAAAGAUGCAAAACUGUGGAAAGAAUUGCUCCCCUUGGAAUGGCAACGGCUGAUGUCCGUGUACUUGCAAAAGUGGCGCCGUGGCUCGGCUCGGUCCAUUACCUCCCUUGCACAACAACUCUUGGCAGCCAUUCAAGAACAGCUUGCUCCCUUUGUGGAAACAUUAUCAUCACAAUCACAAUCCUUGCUCAUCAGGAUGGCAACCAAUAAUCGCAAUAAUAAUACCCACAACAACAAUACCCACAAGAAGACUGGUGGCAACAAUAACAACAACAAACCCCCUUCCAGAGGAGCACAUGCCAGUUCGGCCAGUCACAGCCAAGAUGCCCCCACUUCCAUUUUAUGUGAUGGAUCGUCCACACAAUUCAGCACACAACAUCAGCACAAUGACAAUUACGAAGAUCGCGUCCGCCAAAAUCAAUCUCUGAUUCGAAGAGUCUUGCUCUAUUGGUUUGGUCAGUAUGAUCCAGACACGGCCCAGAAAAAACUCUGGAUGAUUGCCCAUUCGUCUGGGGCCCAUCGAGCGGCCGUUGAUUCCGAAAUUGCCGAUUUAUUUACGCCACUCCUCUGUGAACUCGCCACAGCAGACAACAACAACAACAACAAUACGUCAGACUGUCGGUGGAAACAGUGGUGUGCCGAUAAAGACAUGUACGGAUACCAGGGCAAGUUGGCUGCCAUUAUUGUUUUGGAUCAAUUCUCACGACAUAUUCAACGGCAUUAUCAUCAACAACAUAAAGAAAGCACCAACAACAACUUGCCCGCCCAAGAUGUCUUGGACAAGUUAGCCCUAAAAACGGCGCAACUAUUGACGCAAACGCACCAAUCCGAAAUCCAAUGUGGCAUGAUCCCACUCCCCCAAUACAUUUUUGGCUUGAUGCCCUAUCGACAUGCCAGUACAUUGGACAGCGUGCAAUACGUACAAACUUGUGUUGAACUUUCGGCCAAUCUCAAUCUGCAGUUGGAAGAAAUGACGAGUCGAUUUCGAAAGGCUACCAAUCGGCGCAUGGCAGUCUUGCAAGAUGAAGCUCGACGGACGGGCAAGGCAACCGUGCCGGGUAAUACUGUACCGGUAGCAGAUGACGAAGCCACUGGUACAGAUUUGUCAUCAGCACGAGACUCCACAGUAGACGACAACACUACACCCAAAAAGUUUAGUGAUGAGGACAUUCUGGAAACCUUCCCCUUUCAAGCCGACAUGUCGGAUGCAGCAGACCAUCCCGUCGUCAAGACCAUUCAAGCCUUUCUUGCCGAUAGAGGAAUCCAACCCGUGGGAGCGCCAAAGCCACCAGGCAAGAAAAAGGACAAUCGCAAAGGUCGGAAGGAUGAUGGCGACAGCCGACGUGGAAAAGACAGUACAGCGACGGACGAUACAGCAACAACAACAACAACCAAAGCCUCUCUCAUUGUCAGUCUAUCUGGUGGUGUGGACUCAAUGGCGAUUGCUUCGGUUUUGGCCCAUCUUAGAACAGAUCUGCAUUAUCCGCACUUGGAGAUUGUCGCCAUUCAUAUUGACUAUGCCAAUCGACCCGAAUCCAAGGCCGAGGCAGAGUUCGUCGAACGCUACUGCCAUGAGCUUGGGAUUCGAUUCGUGGUUCGACGGAUUGAAGAAGUUACCCGAGGGAUCACGGCAAGGGAUGAAUAUGAACAACGAGCACGGCAGAUGCGAUAUGACAUGUAUCGAACUGUGGCAGAUCAACAAAGACAAAACAGCGACGGAAUUGUGGGAGUCAUGUUGGGGCAUCAUCGAGGGGACCUGCGAGAAAAUGUCUUGUCGAAUGCUCACAAGGGGUGCGGACCGCUGGAUUUGUCGGGAAUGACGCCGGUUUCUCAGAAUGAUGGUGUCACAAUUUACCGGCCGUUGCUGCCGCUGGAAAAGAAGGCAGUGUACGACUAUGCACAUCGCUUUGGGGUGCCAUACUUCAAAGAUACGACACCUCACUGGUCAACAAGAGGAAAGCUGCGAAACAAACUGCUCCCCUUGUUGGAAGAAAUUUAUGGUGAAGGUAGCAUGAACAAUCUGAGUACGUUGGCAACUGAGAGCGAUGAAUGUCGCAGCUUGCUGCAUGCUGUGCUACUGAAGCCCUUCAUGGAUAGGGUAGUCAGGACUCCAAUGGGGAUCGUAUUUGAAACAGCGCCUUUCAUUGAAAGGGGGGAGUUCUUUUGGAAGUUUGUACUCCGAGAGGUACUUCACAGUGCUGGGCUUGGCAUGUUCAGCGACAAGAGUGUUCUUUCCUUUCUUGAACGAGUCAAUCCCGUACACACAAUAAAGCAGACUAUCCGAGAAGGUUGGUUACAAUGUCGCCGCGAUUAUGCGGUGUACUUGCAAGCAGACGGCCGUGUGUACGUUUUGUACCCAGAUAGCUUUCCUUGGCGGAAACCCGACAGCUACAAAUGCUUUGGUCAAACUUAUGACCUUUCAGAAACGAAGGCAACUACUGUUGGUCCAUGGAUUAUCGAGGCUGAGCUGUGCCUGGUGGAAAAUGAAUCUGAAAGGGUUGCCUUGUUGAAGAGAAAGGCAGUGCCGUCAAUGGAUCAUUUCAUGGCUGGCUACUUGGAAUAUUACCUGGAAGUUCCGAACCUGCCAACACUUCCAAACAACAAAGAAUCCGCCUUUUCACCCGCCCCUCUCAUUUUCAGUUCUUCGUUCGAUAGGGCCACUCGCCCUUCUGCCUGGAAGAGCACUGAUGAUAAGAUUCAAGAUAACCUCCCAUUGCUAGGCAAUUCUGCGUCGUCUCAGGGUUCCAUGGGCUUGCAAGCUGACAAUCCAAUGUCACUUGUUCGUAUUACAUUGGAUCGCAGAUCUUCAUCAAAGGGAUCUGUGAAGUAAAGCAUUGUACUAUGUUGAUUUAAGUAGUGUGAAAUCUAUGGACUUUUAAUUUUGCUAGAUAUAUCUCAUAACUUAAAGGU